UCAAAUGCAUGCUGCCUCUUUGUUGCAUAGAUUGACUCAUAGGUUUGACAUCUGAGUUUUAGAAUUUGGUUUCUAAGUUCCUUGAGUUAAAAUAUGACAGAUGUUGCAAUCUUCUGUUUCUGAUAAAUCAGUAUGAGAGGAGCAAUGGGUACAUCCCCUCAGGCUGUUGAGGCUAGACAUCGUUUGUCUGCAUCAAUUGAAGACGUCUAUAAAAGAAGAACAAACAAAAGCAAAGCUAAGCCUUUCCAUAUUUCCUUUCAAGAAAAAAGUUCAAGAUGCAAACUUCCUCUUCUGAAAUUUGUCUUACUAAUUAUUGUAUCUGGCACUUUUGUAACACUCCUAUACUCUCCAGAGGUUUACAAUAACAAUCAGCCAGUACAUGCUGGUUCUAGGCCUAGUUUUGUGAACAGCUGGAUAUGGGGUGGAUCAGAUGCUCGUUAUAUAUCAAAUCUUGAUAUUGACUGGGAUGAUAUUAUGAAAGUUCUUGAGAAGUUGACUGAUAAUAAUGAAAAUCAGGGAAUUGGACUUUUAAACUUCAAUGAGAAUGAAAUCAAUCACUGGAAGCAGCUUAUUCCUGAUGUCAAAACCGUUGUUCUGCACCUAGACUAUGCUGCAAAAAAUGUGACUUGGGAUUCCUUAUACCCAGAAUGGAUUGAUGAGGAAGAAGAAUCUGAAGUUCCCAUUUGCCCAUCUUUACCAAGGCUUAAAGCUCCCGGAAUACGGCUUGAUCUCAUAGCUGUUAAACUUCCUUGUCGAAAUGAGGGGAAUUGGUCAAGAGAUGUGGCUCGGUUGCACCUGCAGCUUGCAGCUGCUGGUUUAGCAGCCUCUGCCAAAGGCUUUUAUCCUGUGCAUUUGCUUUUUGUUACCAGUUGUUUUCCAAUACCAAAUCUUUUUACUUGCAAGGACCUUGUUGCACGUGAAGGAAAUGCAUGGUUAUACAAACCACACUUGAAUGCAUUGAGAGAAAAAGUACAGCUCCCAGUAGGUUCUUGCGAACUUGCACUUCCUCUCCGGGGCAAUGAGAUGGUUUACACAGAACAUGUGCACCGAGAAGCAUAUGCAACAAUUCUCCAUUCAGCUCAUGUUUAUGUUUGUGGAGCUAUUGCUGCUGCCCAGAGCAUCCGCAUGUCUGGGUCCACCCGAGACCUUGUGAUACUUGUAGAUGAGACAAUCAGUAGAUACUACAGAAGUGGACUUGAGGCUGCAGGAUGGAAGAUUAGGACAAUCCAAAGGAUAAGGAACCCCAAAGCUGAGAAAGAUGCAUAUAAUGAAUGGAAUUACAGCAAGUUCCGGUUAUGGCAGUUAACAGAUUAUGACAGGAUCAUUUUCAUUGAUGCUGAUUUGCUUAUACUCAGAAACAUUGAUUUCUUAUUUAAGAUGCCACAGAUUUCUGCAACAGGGAACAAUGGUACACUUUUUAACUCUGGUGUAAUGGUUAUUGAGCCAUCAAAUUGUACUUUCCAGCUUUUGAUGGAUCACAUUAAUGAGUUUGAGUCCUACAAUGGAGGGGACCAAGGAUACUUGAAUGAAGUUUUUACAUGGUGGCAUAGGAUUCCAAAACACAUGAAUUUCUUGAAGAACUUCUGGAUUGGUGAUGAAGAAGAGGUAAAGCAAAUGAAAACUAGGCUCUUCGGUGCUGAGCCUCCAGUUCUGUAUGUCCUUCACUAUCUGGGUGUGAAGCCAUGGCUGUGCUUCCGGGACUAUGAUUGUAAUUGGAAUGUUGAUAUAUUCCAAGAGUUUGCCAGUGAUGUGGCUCAUGAAAAGUGGUGGAAAGUACAUGAUGCAAUGCCAAUGCUGUUGCAGCAGUUUUGCCUGUUGCAAUCAAAGCAAAAGGCACAACUAGAAUGGGACCGUAGGCAAGCUGAGAUAGCAAACUACACAGAUGGUCAUUGGAGGAUUAAAGUUAAGGAUCAACGUUUAAAGAAAUGCAUAGACACUUACUGCUCCUGGAAGAGCAUGUUAAAGCACUGGGGUGAGACAAAUUGGACAGAUGAGGACCCUUUUACUCCAACGCCUCCUGCAAUUUCAAGAGCAUCUCUCUCUAGAAUGUGAGUUGUAGAUUCUAUUCUUUCUCAUCAAACCUUUGCCUUCAGUAUCUGUGUCCUCACUAUGCUCAUGCCUUCAUCAUGUAAAUCGCAUAGUUCCAAGGACUUCAUUUUUUUUUUCCCCAUCUUUUUAAUUCCUGAAAGUGUUUUUGACCCAUUCUUUACUCUGGGUAUAAUAGACUUCAUCACCUUUGAUAAAGUUGAUAUAUUUACAGUUACA